AUGGCCACCUACAAACCGGUGGUGGUUCAGGCGUUCCCCAAGCUCGGGGAGAGGAUCACGCAGGACACGGUGUACUGGCGGGGCUACAAGACACCUGUUCAGAUAAAGGAAUUUGGUGCUGUAAGUAAAAUUGACUUCUCCCCGGUUCCUCCAUAUAACUACGCUGUCACAGCUUCCUCACGGAUCCACAUUUAUGGUCGUUACUCUCAGGAACCAAUCAAAACGUUUUCUCGCUUCAAAGAUGCUGCUUAUUGUGCCACAUACAGAGAUGAUGGCAAUCUGCUUGCUGCUGGCAGCGAGGAAGGUAGCAUUCGCCUCUUUGACAUUAGUGGAAGAGCACCGCUGAGACAAUUUGAUGGUCAUACUAAAGCUGUUCAUGUAGUGGGCUUCCUGUCUGAUAAAUACAGAAUAUUUUCUGGUGGUGAUGAUUAUUCAUCAAAUCUGUGGGAUAUUCCGAGUGCUACAGAAAUUGUCUCAUACAGUGAACAUAAUGACUAUGUGAGAUGCGGCUGUGCAAGUAAAGUGAAUGCAGAUGUCUUUAUAACAGGUUCCUAUGACCACACUGUGAAAAUAUUUGAUGCACGAACAAAAAGUAGUGUCAUGACAAUAGAACAUGGCCAGCCUGUGGAGAGUGUGCUUCUGUUCCCUUCUGGUGGGCUUCUAGUAUCUGCAGGAGGUCGAUAUGUCAAAGUUUGGGAUGUACUAAAAGGUGGACAGUUACUAGUUUCACUUAAAAAUCACCAUAAAACUGUAACUUGUUUAUGCCUGAACAGCUCUGGACAAAGGUUAUUGUCAGGAUCUCUGGACAGGAAUGUGAAGAUUUACAGUACUACUUCCUACAAAGUCGUCCACAGCUUUAACUAUGCAACAUCCAUCCUCAGUCUUGCGUUGUCGCCUGAAGAUGAAACCAUAGUCAUAGGCAUGACCAAUGGGGUGCUAAAUGUUAAACACAGGAAACUUGAAGAAAGGAAAGAAAAGUCUCAGAAGAAGAGACAACCAGCAUAUAGAACCUAUGUGAAAGGGAGAACUUACAUGCCAAAACAGGAAGAUUUCUGUGUCAGUAAACCUGUAAAACGUGUUUUGAGGAAAUAUGACAAGCUGCUGAAGAGCUUUCAGUCUUCCAAGGCCCUAGAUGCAGUACUGGAGCCACCCAUCAGGCUUCACACUCCUGAAGUUACGGUUGCAGUCAUGCAGGAACUGCAUCGCAGAGGAACACUGAGGAGUGCACUUGCAGGCCGAGACGAGAAGCAAAUUAAUCUCCUUCUUACCUUUGUGGCAAGGCGUGUGAUUGAGCCUAGAUUUACCUCUGUACUGGUGACUGUUGCAGAUAUGAUCACUGACAUUUAUCAGCCUGUGGUUGGGCAGUCAGCAAUUGUUGAUAGACAAUUCUUGAGACUUCAGGAAGCCAUAGGAAAAGAGAUUGACUAUCAAGAGGAACUACUAGAAGUUUUGGGAAUGAUGGAUACACUGUUUGCUACUUUCACUAAGAAAAGAGCUGCUUAUCUAGAAGAGAACAAAAGUAAUGGUCUUACAGAGACCACUGAAACAAAUAGGAAUAACUAUCACAACAAAUUGUCAGAAAAAUAAUGUGGACUUGAAAUACAUGACCUGUUCUCCUGGUAACUUUUUAUAAUAGUGACUUUCAGAGUAAGUCCCUCUCUUUUGAAGUUCUGUCUCCCAAACUGUGUUUUUGAAAAGGCUGAAUUACUGAAGAUAGAGAAGGAAGGACAUUCUCAAGAUUUUUCCAUGCAAUAUUUUUCAAACAAUUGUAUUUUAAAAUUUUAUUCCAAAGUUAUGUAACCUUUAAAGAGUGUUUUGUGCACCCAGUACUAAGUCAUUAUUUGAUUUAGAGAAACAGUCAACAAUUUUCAGUUUUUAUUUACCAGAAAAUAAUCGAGGUUUCUCUAAUUUUAAUGUGUCAUUGUCCUUAUUUAAGGUUAAUAUCCCAGCUCACAUACUUGGACAUAGGAAUAAAACCAUGUAUGCAUUUGAUAAAACUUUA